AUUUGCUGCGGAGUGACCCACGCCGGGAAAAUGGCGGUGCUCCAAAGAAAGAAAGACGGCGCUCCAAAUGCCAAGUUUUUUGAAGCCGUAGAAACUAUCGCGCAGUUUGAUAGUGCAAGAACAUGGUUGCACAAAAACUGCAAAAGGUAUACUCAGGCCGAUCCCCCCACCAACAAAGGCCUGUCAAGUCUCGUCAUUCAACUAUUACAGUUUCAAGAAGAUGCAUUUGGAAAAUCCCAAACAAACCCAGCACUUACUAAAUUGCCUAUGAAAUGUUUCCUCGACUUCAAGGCAGGAGGUGGACUUUGUCAGAUUUUUGCUGCCGUCUUCAAAUUCAAAAGUGACCAAGGAUGGAGAAGAUUCGACUUCCAGUCUCCAUCCCGAAUGGACAGGAACGUGGAGAUGUUUAUGCAGAUCGAGAAGGCGCUCGUCUCCAGCAAGUGCUUGCCACCUCCCUCCAUCUUCAUCCGCCCUGACGUGGACAAGAUCCUCAUCCCCAAACUCAAGGACAUCAUCAAGAGGCACCAGGGCACGAUGUGUGACGAUGCUGACGACGCCACUCACAUUGUGCACACACUGCCAUCCCACCCUCCACCUAAUGACGAGUAUUUCCGACCAGUGCUAAAGAGGGAUCGUCAUUCCUUGGUACACUGGUGGUACUACCCUGACAGCUAUGACACGUGGGUGACUGAUACUAAUAUUGACUACGAUCCAGACUCCCCAUACUCGCACCAGGGUGCCUUCGAGGUGAGUGCACGAUGGCUGCUGGACUUGGAGGAAUUCAAUGAAUGGAUGAAUGAAGAGGAUUAUUUGGUUGAGGAUGAAUUCAAUGCUGAUGGCAGCAAUAAAAAGUACAAGAAAUCAAACAGAUUGAAGUUGACUUUGGAAGAUCUGAACAACCCUGACCCUGACCGAAGAGAUAAGAAAGACAAAAAGGGGAAGAGGAAACGAUCACCGUCGCCAGUGCCAGAGAAAAAGAAGAGGAAGAGUAUUCACCCAUCUAGUGGACGGACACCAGGACUCAGUUCUACUAAGAAGAGGUCCACUCGGGAUGAAGAGGAGGAAGAUUUGACCAAGGACAUGGAGGAGCCUACCCCAGAACCCAACAUCCAGGAGGUCGCCAUUGCCAAACAAGUACCUGGAUCCCGGAGUCAGAAGGACAGUGAGCUGCAGCCUAUCAAGGGAGGGACAUUGAUGGACAUAGAAGAGGACCAAGGGGACAAGGUUGAGCCGGAGCGGGCAGAGACCGGAUCCACAACAGACGAGGGGUCCAAGAAGGACAAGGAGGAUCAGGAGGACAACCUGACGGAACAGACUCACCACAUCGUCAUCCCCAGCUACUCCGCCUGGUUCGACUACAACAGCAUCCACGCCAUCGAGCGACGAGCACUGCCUGAAUUCUUCAAUGGAAAGAACAAAUCAAAAACGCCAGAAAUCUACAUGGCAUAUCGCAACUUCAUGAUUGACACGUACCGCCUCAACCCGACGGAAUACGUGACCAGCACUGCCUGCAGGAGGAACUUGGCUGGAGAUGUCUGUGCAAUAAUGAGAGUUCAUGCAUUCCUGGAACAGUGGGGUCUAGUCAACUACCAGGUGGAUGCCGACACCCGCCCCACCCCCAUGGGACCCCCACCCACGUCUCAUUUCCACAUCCUUGCCGACACCCCCUCUGGUCUGCAGCCCAUCAACCCACCCAAGACAAAUCAGCCACCAGCAGCCCAGCAGAUCAUGGACUUCAGUGAGAAAUCGGAGGACAAAGAAGAUGAAAAGAGGGAUAUGAGCAAGUUUGGCCUCCGAAUGGACAUCUAUGCUAAGAAGGCCUUGAAGGACAAGAGUGCAGCAUCGCGGAUGCGUGAGUGGACGGACCAGGAGACGCUACUGUUACUGGAGGCUCUGGAGAUGUACAAGGAUGACUGGAACAAGGUGUGUGAGCACGUCGGCAGCCGUACCCAAGACGAGUGCAUCCUUCACUUCCUGCGUCUUCCCAUCGAGGACCCGUACUUGGAGGAAGACUACCAGCAGCUCGGUCCACUGACGUACCAGCCCAUCCCCUUCUCACAGAGUGGGAAUCCCAUCAUGUCGACUGUGGCUUUCCUUGCAUCCAUCGUAGACCCCAGAGUCGCAAGUGCAGCAGCCAAGUCAGCCCUAGAGGAGUUCUCCAAAAUGAAGGAUGAGGUUCCGCCAACGCUGAUCGACGCUCAGUCUAAGAUGAUCGAGGAGGCAACAAAGGAAGGCAAGGCAGUCGAUGCCUCCUUCUGUCUGGAGAAAAGUGGAAUUGCAGGAACUGCCCCUGAGAAAGAAGAAGGUAUCAAGGAGCCUGCUGAGACGAUACCUAAUGGGGAAGAAGUCAAGGCUGCUGAGACGGACGAGACGAAGAAGGAAAUAAAGGAAGAAAAGAAAGAUGAACCAAGUGAGGAGGCGAUGGAGACAGACAGCACUGAUGUGGUGACGAAGAAGGAGAAAGAGGAUAAGGAAGAAGGUGGGGAAAAGAAAGACAAAGAGGAGAAAGAAAAAGAGGAGGAGAAGGAAAAAGAGAAAGAGCCUGAGAAGGAAUCCAAAGAUUCAGAAGAAAAAACUGAAACUGCUGAGAAGGAAGAAGGAGAAGAAACAGAAAAGGUGGGAGGCAAAGCUUCUGUUGCCAAGUCGAAACAAGAUGAUGCCAGUGAGAAGCCGGAAGACAGUGAAGCUACAGAUAAGAAGGAAGAAGAAAAGGAAGAAGAAGAGAAGGCACUGGAGAAGGUGGAGAAAGUCAAGGAUGGCAAGGAUGGCAACAUCGCCACGGCUGCAGCCUCUGCUCUUGCUGCAGCUGCCGUCAAGGCCAAGCACCUGGCUGCUGUGGAGGAGAGGAAGAUCAAGAGUCUGGUGGCGCUGCUGGUUGAGACACAGAUGAAGAAACUGGAGAUCAAACUGAGACACUUUGAGGAGCUGGAGACAAUCAUGGACAGGGAGAGAGAAGCGCUGGAGUACCAGAGACAGCAGCUCCUGCAGGAGAGGCAGCAGUUCCACAUGGAGCAGAUCCGGGCAGCUGAGUACCGCGCCAGGCAGAUCGCCAUGCAGCAGCUGGCCUCCGAGCAGCGACAGCAGCAGGCUCAGCAGCAGGGAGGGGAUGCGGGUGCUGGUUCCACCAGUGGAGCUAAUGCCGCAGUGCAGAACCCCACCCUUGCAGCUGCUGUGGGUCAGGGUAACUACCCCAUGCAUGGGUCACCUAUGCCUCCCCAGGGGCCACAGGUACAACAGGCUCAUCAGGUGUCCUCGGGCUCGCCUGCUCCUCCCCAGUCCUCCUCCCAGCCUGCUACGCCUCAGCAGUUAACCCCCACCCCGCCACAGACUCAAUCACCCCACCCCCAGGGACCUCAGGCUUCGGCAGCGCCAGUGCAUCAACCCCCGAGUCAGCCCCCUGGACAGUCCCCCUACCAGCAGAUGACGGGGCCGGCUCAGCAGCAACCCUACUCCACCCCUUCUCCUGCUCCACAGCAGUUCUCCACCCAGUCGCCAGGACCCCAGGGACAGCCCCAACAGAACUACCCACAGCCAGGCCACCAGGGCCCGCCACCUCAGCCCUACCAGCAGCCCAACCCCGGACAGAUGGCGCCUUACCACCAAGGACAGCAACAGCCACCGCAACAACAGCAACAGCAACAGCAACAACCAGGGUCCUUCCAGCCACACUCGCAAGGUCAGCCAUCAUAUCCGCCUCCUCACUCACAAAACCAAGCACCUUACCCUCAGCAGCCACAGCAGUCGCAACAGUAUCCACCCCACCCCCAGGGACCCUACCCGAACUUCAACCAAGCUGGGCCUUACCCCCCUCAGGCCGGCCAGCCUUACCCUCCACCUCAAGCUAGUCAGUACCCUACCCCGGGUCAUGGCAUGCCACCCCAGAGCACUCCGCUUCCCGCUUCCGGCCGAGCUAUGAAUCAGCCAGGUAGCGCACCUGGUGAACUAACAUCGUUCAAACUCAAUUGAGACAUAAGUCUCUAAAAUGGCGAAAGCGGGUCGGAACAACAACCUCAGGUGCCGCCACCCUCCAAAUGAUGAAUCUCAACAUCCGUCAAAUCUUUUCAUCUAAAUGUGUACACUUCAAUGUUUCUACAUCAAACUUAAUACAUUUCCAUGCCCCAUGUCAUAGAUAAGCCACUCCAAAUUGUUUUGUUUUAUUCUCCGGAUAUAUUCACAAAUACAGAUACAGAGGACAAUGUUUUAAUUCCAUCAUAACUUUAUAAAUAAAACCAAAAGAUGUUUUUAAGCAUUUAAAGAAGUGCUGUUUUCACCCGAAAAAAUAUUAUGUCCUGUCAUCCAAUCAAAUAUUAGUGAAUACAUAUAUUACUAAUCCUCCAGUUUGAUAUGCCCAACAGGGCGGUCGGGUAGCCUAGUGGUUAAGCAUUCGCUCGUCAUGCCGAAGACCCAGUUUCGAUUCCUGACAUGGGUACAAUGUGUGAAGCCCAUUUCUGGUGUCCCCCGCUGUGAUAUUUCUGGAAUAUUGCUAAAAGCGGCGUAUAACCAUACUCACUCACUCACUCACUCACUGACUCACUGAUAUGCCCAACACAGUACUUACAAGCCAUUUCUAGGCAAUCUGAUGAGUGAGAAACCAAAGGUCAUUUUCGGUAUUUAGCUUAAAUAUAAUCCCUACCAAACAUUCAAACAUUGUUUUUAGGAAGGAAGAAAGCUGUGUUUCCGAGGAACUAAUUCUUAGUCUAUUGUGGCCUUACAUCAUAUUUAAGUUGAUGUAUGAAAUAAUGAUGACUUAUGAAGGAAAUAAUCCUUCCUUUACAUUUGUGUUUCAUUGGAAUAUUUCCUCAAAAUGUUGAUUUUACACUAGCAAUUAUUCAAGAUAAUCAAACAUUGUAUUAUAAAACAUACCAGUUAAUCAUUUCCAUUUUUUAUCUAUUUGCAUUAAUUCAUCACUUACAAUGUAUCAGUGAUAACUUUUUGGUGCAAAUAUUUUGAAAAUAUAGCAUUUAUGUAUUGUCCGUAAGAGAAGAUUUUCAAAGGGUAAGCUGAAGGAAAGUAAAUAAGCCCCUAGUAACAAUGAAAACAUUGCUGUCACAUCAUGUGACUCACAUGUAUAUACAUUCUUUACCAUUGUUAUGUAAAAUAGUCAUUUUCUUAUUUUCAUAUAUUUGUGUUGUUGCUUAAUAGAAGUGGGAACCGUCGUGGUCUCUGGUCAACUUUUCUUUGAUGUUUAUAGUGUAAAAGUCAUAGUUUAUCCAAGGUAUUUUAUUUCUAUACUAUUGUGAUAAAUAUCCAGGACCCUUUCGCCACCAUAGCUUCGUUUCUUAAGUGAUAUCACCACCUCAGUCGCCCCUGUCUCUUAACAUAGCCAUUUCUGGUGUCCCCCGCCGUGAUAUUGCUGGAAUAUUGCUAAAAGCAGCAUAAAAUCAAACUCACUUAACUUAGGACAAAAUUACUCUUGCUCAUGAGAGUUGAUAGGACGGAAAGGUUUAGCAUUGUGCUGGUCAGAUUGGGAUCAAGGCGAAACUAUGGUAGCGAAUGGGUCCAGGGUAUUUAUCUUAAUGGUUGGGAGAUACAAUACCCCAGAUUCAUGAGGAUGGGUCUAUUUCAGAUACCCACUUUCUCUUACUACAUGUAUUGCAUCAGUGAUGCUGAGAAUUAGUUGAUGUACAAUGUUGUAUGGUUUUAAGAGGGACAAGACUCACUUAAAGUCAAGGUCCAUCAAAUGUUAUACAUGUCUUAUAUGAAAUUGGGCAUUAUUUAAAUAGAGAACCUGCAACAGGCUGAACUUGAUCAUAAAACUUAAGGUUAGCAAACUUAAAAUUGCUGUUUCUUACUCACUGCAAUUUGCAACCUUGUCAAAGCAUAGUGCCCCCCCCUUUAAGAAAUAUUGUCUUUAGGGUGAGGAUAUUUUUAAGUCCUGUAAAACAAAUGGGUUUAUCUAAAAAUGUACAUUUUUGCCAAAAUUAUAUGUUCGUUUUCCGUUUUUAAUCCUUCACACAGCCGAAACUGUUGUCUUACUGUAUUGUGGUUUGUUUUGAAUGCACAAUACAUCAGUUGAAGUGCUUCAUGAACAAUGGUGCGGACAAUACGUAACACAAGUUAAUGAAUCAUUUUGAUGUAUGUGAUGAUGGCAGUAAAUGUUUUGACUAAAUGGGUUUUAAUGUCAUGUUCUUGCCCAUGAGAUUUGUCGAGAUCUUAAUACUUACAAUCUUAUGAUUGGAACCCUCAAAAUGAUGAAAGUUGAAUUUGCGUUAUUUAUGUAUGAUAUACUUUGAUUCUUUGUCACAAUGACUCCCAGAUUCAAAUUCAAUAUUCCAGUGUGGUUUAAACCCAGUUUUGUUUCAGCUGGAAAGUAAAACUUCGUUUUUGUGAAGAAUUAUAACUUUUCGGGAAGUAGAAUACCCUUCUCACUACAAAUACAUUUCAUAAAUUUGUAAUUGACACUUAACUGCUAUAUGUAAUGUUUCACUCAGUCCACUCUGUUGAGUGGACAUUAAUGUUGUCAAUAUCACUGAAGACCAUCAUUGCAUGGUGGUCGUCUCAUUGUAAAUAUCAUGUCACUUUCUCAAUGUAUCGUAGCUUGUAUGGUGCUCUGUGCGGACAUUUCGAAUUCUGUCUUCUUAUAAAAAAAAUAAAAUACAAUAUUGAUGAA